AUGUUUAACGAAGUUUUUUGUAGGAUUGCAGCAAGGAUUGCAGAGGUGUCCAGGUUUUCGUUUGAUGAGAUAAACAGAUGUAUGGAAAAGUCUAAUCACAGCAAGAAGCAAGACGUGACGCUGUUUGUAAUCAAGAUUUCGAAUGCACCUGAUGCUGAUGCCAAGGAGCUUUUUGAUGCAAUCGUGGAUGCAAGGAUUGAGCUUAUUGAAAAUGUAAGCAUGAAGGGAUCAUCAAUCAGCUUUGAUGUGAACAAGAGGGCGAUAAUGAAAGAUGUGCUUUGUGCAAUCCAAAGCAAGCAAGACAAGUUUGGAAGCAAUGAAAUAGGCAAAGGCAAGAGAAUGGUAGUGGAGUACAGCAGUCCGAAUAUAGCAAAGAUAUUCCAUGUUGGGCAUCUCAGAACGACUAUACUGGGGCAGUUUAUUGUGAAUCUGUUGAGGGAGUGUGGCUAUGAAACAACAAGCAUAAACUUUUUUGGAGAUUGGGGAAAGCAGUUUGGGCUUGUUCUGCUUGGAUAUAUGAAGCAUGGAAGUGAGGAGGAGCUGGAAAAGGAUCCGCUGAGGCAUCUGUUUGAUGUGUAUGUGAAGAUAAGCAGAGAUGCAAAGGAUGAUGCAGGCGUGGAUGCAGAAGCGAGAGAGAUAUUCAGGAAGAUGGAGGAGGAUGGAGACGAAUGGUGUAUGGGGCUGUGGAAGAAAUUCCGGAUGCUAAGUGUGGAGAAGUACAAGCAAUUAUAUAAGAGACUGAAUGUUGAGUUUGAUGUGUAUUCGGGAGAAAGCAUGUACAAUGAGAGAGGAAAGCAGAUUGUGGAGACAUGUGGCCUGGUGAAGACGGAUCCUGAUGGUUCAAAGGUGUUUGACUUUGGAGACAAUCAAAAGGUGCUGGCAAUGAAAAAUGAUGGAACAACGCUGUACAUAACGCGUGAUAUUGCCGCAGCAAAAGAAAGGCUUGAGGAGUAUAUGCCUGAGAAGAUCAUAUAUGUUGUAUCAAGUGAACAGAACAAACACUUUGAAGAUCUGUUCAGGACAUUAAAGCUGCUUGGGCUUGAUGAAAGCAGGUUCCAGCACGUAAACUAUGGGCUUGUGGCAGGCAUGUCAACAAGAGCUGGCAAGGUUGAGUUUCUUGAGGACAUAGUUGAUGAGGCAACAAGCGUAAUGAAGAGGGUUAUGCAAGCAGAUGACAGCAGGAGUUCGUUUACACCCGAGGAGAUUGACUCGACAGCAGAGAUCCUCGCUCUCUCCACAUUACUUGUGAUGGACUUUACUGCGAAGAGGAUCAAGGGAUAUGAGUUUGACGUUGAGAAGAGGGCAAGGAACACGUCUGGAACGGGCCCGUAUCUACAGUAUGCACAUUGCAGACUGAAGAGCAUUGAAAUGCGUAACAAUGAGGUUGACUACAGCAGCAUAGACGCAAUUGACUUCUCGUUGAUAUGUGUACCUGAAGUGUUUGAGCUUGUAUAUAAGCUGCUAUGGUACGAGCAUGUUGUUGAGAAAUGCCUGGAUGAUUAUGAGCCGUCGAGGAUUGUUACAUAUCUUCAAGAUCUUGCUGGAUGCAUCAACUCAGCAAUUAAUAGUCUGCGAGUCAUGGGUGUGGACAAGGAACUUGCGAAGGCCAGGCUCCUUGUGCUGUCAUCAGCAAGGAUCGUUCUACAAAAUGGAUUGAAAAUCUUGGGAGCAACACCGCUCAGUAAAAUGUGA